AAGCGGGCCACAACUGACGGUCUGGCAUCUGGUCAAUAAUAUUGCCAGACAAUAUUCGAUUCAAUCUUCAGAAUUGAGAUCUUCUUUAGGGCUAUACUUGGUGGAGGCAGCAGGGGGCGAGAGUCUAGGGCGGGAAUCAUGUUGCGCACUUUCACCGCGAAAAUGAAUUUCGAGGUAAACAAGUGAAGAUUAUGCAUAAAUGAACGUAUCGAUAUAUACAUACGCAUAUAUAGAUAUACACACACACACACACAUGUAUGAGAUGAUAAUUGAUGUAGCACUCGUUGCCGAAUGAACCGUUAAAUUUAAAUUGGAGCAGUGCCCCAAUAUCCAGGCAAUACGCGCGGCGCACGGAUUAACACCUUUCAACGAGGCUGCGUCGAGACGUUGAUGUUCUAGAUACUGAUGCCAGUGAUUAUUGGAAUUGGAUUUGAGAUUUUGUGGCAACUGGCUUCAAGUUCUGCAUUUAGUUAACGUGUGGACACCCAGCCGAGCGGCAGCUGGCACGGAUUAGGAAUAAGCAACAGUUCUAUCAAAUAUACACACACACAUAUAUAGAAUGCUGGAAUAUACCGAUAUGUCAAUGAAGAAGCAACGAAAUUGCGUGCCGGGCAUAUGGACUCUGAUCGUAGCCGUGCUGCUCUUUGCCAUGACCCUAAUGGGCGUUGCUCUGCUGGAGGCGAAUCGUGCCCAGUCGGAUGAGCAUCGCGUUCUGGGUGACGUUUUCCUAGUGCGACGUCUGUGGUCGAAGUUUGCCGCAGCCACAAACGCAUCGGACGGCGCAGUUGCAGCCACUGUGGAGCGCAUAGCGAGGGAUGCCAUGAAUGCCAGUCGGACUGCAGCAACUGGCGGGAGUAACAACUACUAUGAGGAGCAGCAGGCGGUGGUUGUGAAAGAGGAGAACGCACCGCCGGCUAUGGCCGAGCGCAUAGAUUCGUUUGGACCACCGCAGGGCAGAUCAUACGAAAUGGACUCCAGCUACGAUGCGGCUGACGAUUAUGGCGGAGAGCGCUUUGACUCGGCGGAGGAGGCAGACGAGGGCAGAGCGGCCCAGGGCAGACCCCAGGAUUCCUACUAUGCGCCAUGGCAAUAUGCCACCCAGACAACGGCGCCUCCCGGCAGCAACAAUCGCAAAUUGCAGCCAGCUGGCAAUCGCCCGCCCUAUGCCGCCUACGACGAAGUGUAUGACUAUCCCAUGGGCUUUCAGCCGCGCCCCCAGGAGCAGCCAGUCUCCAAACAGGCCGUGAGCGCUCCACCUGCCCACGCCGUCGCCUAUGCGCCAGCAUCCACGGAAUCAUCGCUGGUCACGUUCUUGAAGACACUGAAACAAAUGUGGGAUCUCUAUCAGGCCGUGAUCAGCGCCUGGAACUCGGUAGCCGAGCGGCAUCAGCAGAGUACCGAGCAGCUGAAGAAGGAGCGGCAGGAGAAGCAACGCCUGCGCCAGCAGCAACAGCAGCAGCAGCAAGCGAAUAAAUCCAGAAUCAAUUCCAAGAAACCACAACGUGGAAAUGGUAACAAGGAUGCAAAGCCGAAUCAAAACAAGAGGGUUAAGACGACGACAACGACAACAACGACGAGUACCAGCAGCAGCAGCAGCAGCAGCAACUCCGAUGAGGCGGAGGAGGCAACAACCACUUCAGUUGCAAUCGUAAAUGCUGUCAAGGCCAAUGCCACUGCGGAUGCUGCUCAAGAGAGCUCGGUGCGUGGCAUGCGGCACAAGCGUGAGCCGGAGGCAGCCAGCACGGAUGUGGGCGAGGGGCGUUACAUCAAGGGUGAUCCGCUGAAGGGCUAUUAUGAUUUCGUCAUCACCGAAGGCUCCUACAAGUUCUGGGCCGCCUUUCAGGUGGGCACGGCACUUCUUAUCAUCUACUCCACAUUCGCUGCCAUUUACUACUCGAAGGUAAAUCCAUUGACCAGCGAUUACGAUUAUCAGGAUUAUCUGGGUGCCGGACGCUCGAUGACGGGCGGCGAUGAUGAUUUCGUGGAUGACAGUGAGCCAAGUACUCAAACUAAGUCCACUUCGCGUAUUAUGGAUUGGCUACCACGUACAGCUCAUUCGCUGAAAUUCAUACUGGAUGCCAUCGAUAAAAUGCCCUUGGAUCAUGGUCAAAAAGAGGAAACGGGCUGGUCAACGGGGAACAGCGAUACAACAGACGAUGCAACAGGGGCAAGCACUUAGGACAACUAUUUUAAAAUAUUAAUGAAAUAAAAA